GCGUGCUUCAACUACAAAGACUAUGGCAAAGUGAAACACUAUUUUAGAUUAUUAUAUUAGCGGUCAAACUUAAAACUUAAGUAUCAAAAACAGAUUUGUUGAUGUUAACUACAUUCCCAUUUCCCAUCCUCUUGCUAACAACAAUAAUAAUAACACCACAUGAAUUAACAAAAAUUGUACUACUCUAAUUGAUCAUUAAUCAUUGAUCAUCCGAAACAAAACAAUGAUUACUAGAUCAAAUCAGAUCUGGUUAACCUCUCUAUUUGUGUUUGAUUUACUAUAUCUAAUUUUAACAGCAGAAUCAGCAGCAACAUACAUCGGUUCUAACUGCAACAACAACACCACAUACACACCAAACAGCAUAUUAUCUACAAAUCUCAAUGUCCUCCUCAAUUCUCUCACAACAAACGCUUCCCAACAACAAGACGGUUACUAUUUAACCAUCAUGGGUUUCGGAACAACUAACGCCGUUAACGGAAUGUUUCUCUGUCGCGGCGACGUCAACACAACAACUUGUCAAAACUGCGUAACCGACGCCGUUAAACAAAUCAAAAACCGUUGCCCUAACCAAACGGAAGCGAUUAUUUGGUACGAAGAGUGUCUCCUUCGUUACACGAAUAAGUUUUUCAAAUUCUAUAGCAUCGAACCGAGAUUGAAUCGUAAAGACGGUAAUAAUAUUUCUGGCGUUGACUUUGACUUAUUCAAUGAAACGGUUUUUGGUUUGUUGAAUGAGGUGGCGAUUGAAGCGGCGCAUUCAGUUACGGCGAAGAAAUUUGCGACGGGAGAAAUUGAAAUUAGGAAGAUUAGGAAGAAGGUGUAUGGAUCGGGGCAGUGUAGCACUGAUUUGACGAGUGCUCAGUGUGAAACUUGUUUGAGAAACGCAAUUGGAACUCUACGAGAGUGUUGUAGUGGUCAACAAGGUGCAAGUGCUCUUCUUGCUUCGUGUAUUGUUAGAUACGAACUUUAUCAAUUUUACACCAUUUCUCGGACUCCAUCAUCUUCAUCUUCUUCAGGAAAAAAUGGACUUGGAAGAAAAACAAUUGUCAUCAUUAUUUUCGUGGCUUUUCUUCCGGUAUUACUUUUAUUUUUAGGCUGCUAUUGCAAACGGAGAAGAUCAAGGCAGAGACGUAGGACAAUGCUAAAGGAAAAUUUUGGCGAUGAACUUAAAACACUAGAGUCAUUGCAAUUCAAUUUGGCAACAAUUGAAGCUGCCACAAACAAAUUUUCACCGGAGAAUGAGAUAGGAAAAGGAGGAUUUGGUGUUGUCUACAAGGGUGUUCUUUCCGAUGGACAACAAAUAGCAGUAAAGAAACUCUCAAGAUUUUCAGGACAGGGUUCUAUAGAAUUUCAAAACGAAAUUUUAUUAAUAGCGAAACUUCAACACAGAAAUUUGGUGACUUUAUUAGGAUUCUGCUUGGAAGAACGAGAAAAAAUACUUAUAUAUGAAUAUGUACCUAACAAGAGUCUUGAUUACUUUCUAUUUCAUCCCCAUAAGCAAAAAUUGUUACAUUGGUUUGAGCGCUAUAAAAUUAUAGGAGGAAUUGCACGAGGAAUUCUUUACUUACAUGAAUAUUCAAGACUUAAAGUCAUACACAGAGAUCUCAAAUCAAGCAAUAUAUUAUUAGAUGACAAUAUGAAUCCAAAAAUAUCAGAUUUUGGUUUGGCAAGAAUAGUUGCAAUCGACCAACAACAAGGAAGUACUAACAGAAUUGUAGGAACAUAUGGUUAUAUGUCUCCAGAAUAUGCAAUGCAUGGACAAUUUUCUGAAAAGUCGGAUGUUUUUAGUUUUGGAGUCAUAAUUCUUGAGAUAGUUAGUGGAAAGAGGAAUGUUCGUCCCAUCGAAUCACAUGAUUUUGAUGACCUCUUAAAGACGGCUUGGAAACAAUGGAGGAAUAAAACCCCAUUAGAAUUGUUGGACCCCAUUCUAAAAGAGUCAUUUUCUCACAGUGAAGUUAUUAAGUGCAUUCAGCUUGGAUUAUUAUGUGUUGCAGAAAAUCCAGAUGAUAGACCUACAAUGGCACAAGUUGUUUCAUAUCUCAGUACCCUUUUAGUUGAAUUGCCACUUCCUCGAGAACCAGCAUUUUCCUUGGAUAUGGGAAUGAGAAUAAACACAACAACAGAGUCGAGUUCGGGUCAAUUAACUAGUAAAUCUACAGGAUCAUCAAUCAAUGACAUAUCUAAGAGUCAAUUUUUUCCUCGAUGAAUAUGGUGUUGAUCUUUUUUCUGAAAAUGGUUCUUUAUUCUUUUGGUUACAUAAAGAUUCUUUAUUUGUUUGUAUUUGAUAAUCAAGUUUCAUGCCUAAUCAUUGGUUAAUUUGAUGGAGUUUGUAUCAGUGCUACCAUGAAUUUGAAGCCUAAUCAUUAGAAAGAUAUUGAUUAAAGAAA